AUGAAAAACGUUAGUCAAAAAGCUUUUGCGGAAAAGAAGAGGAUGAAGGAGGACGGAUCGGAGGCGGCGGAGACAAAGAAGGCCGUUAAAUCCUCAUCAUUCCAUGACUCCGAAACAAAAGUUCCAAAACGUAAUGCAUCGAAACAUCGGCCGCCUCCGUUGAUGAUCGACAAGAAACUCCUAAAAAAGCAAAUGUCGAUGUUAGAGACCUCAAGGGAGGUUGCUUGGGAGAGAAGGCGGCGACAGAUUCUUCGUCAGGAGAGAAGAAGGAAAGGGGUGAUCGCGAAAGAGAAUGGAUUGACGGAUGAAGAUUUGAAGGAGCCCAAAGGGUGCAUAGAAUUAGGGUUUGGAUUCAACGAAGAAGAUAAAAAACUAUGCAACACAUUGCCUGCUUUAGACCUUUAUUUUACUGUAAACCGUCGCCUUUCUCCAUUUCCAUCCCAUCGAAGCCAGAGUUACUCGUCAACACCAUUACCAUUGUUGGGGAAAACGGGAGAUAGUCCUCAGCAAGUGAAGUCGAAGCUAAGGCAUUGGGCGCAAGCUGUGGCAUGUUCUGUAAAGCAGUCGUGUUGCUGA